AAUAAAUAAACAACAAGUUUUGCAUUGCAACAUUAUCUUUUUAUGACGGCUGUGUUAAACUAAAUGAUAUUAUUUUUUUAAAUAUGAUAGACUUAAGAUCUAAAAUCAACUUUUUCUUCGUUUUUAACCCUACCUUUGGACCUAAGGAGGGCGAUGAAUUAAAGAGAAUACUAUACUUUUAUCCAAAUGAAGUCAGUCCAGAUGCCCGGAAAAUGCAAGUUGGGCUGUGUGAAGCCGUUGUCAAAUUUAUGUCGACGUUUUCAUCUGAACCAUGUGAAGCUUUGCAAACACAAUCUAAGAGAUACAUAUUUUUUCAACCAGAAAAAAACUUUUGGAUGGUUUUAGUAGUCCGAAUACCGUAUACAACCAAAGCAUUGUCAGCAGUUGGUGAAAGUCAGGGAGAUAUAGUCAAUCCUACUGUAAUGCAAAAUCUCCUAACAUCUGCAUAUAAGAUGUUUAAAAUGUUCAGGGGCCCAUUCAAAAAUAUUCCAGCUGAUGAUUUAUAUGGUAUAAGUGAGCAGUUCUUUACGCCUUAUAUAUCAUCCAGACAUCUAACAAAUGACAUAUCAGAUGUUAUUCCUGGCAUAAAUUAUUUACCUCUAGAUAAAAACUCUUUUUUUAAAGUGGUAUGCUUCGUAGAUCACCUGGAAGUUACUUAUCCUGAUUUUAAAUGUAUAUUGUUUCUUUACAAUGAUCAGCUUCUAUGGAACGGUCUGUGUACAGAAGACAUGCUAACAUUAUACCAAUAUCUAGUACAGACAUUGCUCCCUAAACAAGUUGAAAUAGAAAUCCAAGGUGGUGCAGUGACAGCAGCGCAGAGACUUGGCCGAUUCAUAAGUCCGCCAGAUGGAAUACAUGUUAAAGAAGACUUAGAUAAAUUGAUAAAGAUACACGUAACACUCGAAGAUGAUACAGAAUUUAAGGAAUACUACCUCCUCAUAUACAGAACAUUGAGUGCGACUGUCUGUUUCACUAUUGAUGUAAACACUCGGCUGGAACUUGAUACGGUCAAGUCAGUGGACGCAUUUAUUGGGCCGCAGCUAUCAGCAAUAGCUUCGGCCAUCAGCGAACAAUGUUCAUUGCACGCAUUACAAGCAGCGCAACUGGCUAGCGAACACAAGUUCGUGUACUUCAACAGAUUAAAUUUAAUUUUGAAAUCAUCUCCACCAGUAAAUAAAUUGCAAAUAUCCGCUGCGAUAAAACCUGAAGUUCUUAGUAUCAUGUCUGGAAUUCAUGCUGACCGACAAAGCCUUGGAAAUUAUGGAGAAAUAAUAAUUAAAACUCCAGACGAAUACUGGAUAACAGGAAAAUGUUCCAAUGACAGAGAAUUCUAUGUGAUAAUACAAGAGAAAAAUGCCAACCUUAAAGAAAUAGCAGAUGAAGUGAAGCGUGUCUGUGAAGCACAAAUGAAAGGGAUAUUCUUUUACCCUAUGUAAAAAAUUAUUAACACAUGUACAUACAAAAUUUUGCUAAAAAUAAAACAACACAAUAUUCCAUGGA